UGCAAAUAUUUUACAUAAAUACUUUUGUUACAGUGGCAAGAUGACCCAACCUGCGCAGUGUAACCAGGUCGUGACUUUCAUAAAUCACGAUUCCCGUCUUCAUCCGCAAAACCAGACUUCUGGUCCCGUGCCGACCGCUUCUUCCGCCACAAAGGAAUUGGACGAUUUGAUGGCUUCCCUGUCUGACUUUAAGCUGAAUACUAACACUACUCCAAACCAUGUGGGAACAAAUGAUCCAGCUUAUGCCAAACCUCAGAAAUCCAAUAAGUCUCCUUCAUCUACAAACAAUAGAAGCAAUCAGUUAGAUUCCAUGUUGGGCACUCUUCGAUCGGAUAUGAGCAGACAAGGAGUUACAACAACCGCAAAGGGACACUGUGCUGCUUGCCACAAACCGAUUGUCGGACAGGUAAGAAAAAUUUAAGUCACAUUCACUGUA